UAGUCCUGUUGCUGUAUGGUACCAUUGGGGAAAACACCAUGGAACGAUUCCAACGAUAUUAUAAUCGUCGCAAAAAUGAACUGCAAUCGGAGUUUAAAUCUUCACGAGCCAUGUACGAAAGUGCGUGUGACACCUUAAUAGGCUAUUUUCACGUUAGUGGUGCCGAUCGUUUGCGGGGAGGUGACUACACCCGGUUGAAUCCUCGGUUGAUUUUUCUGGUUUGUGAUCUAACGUUAUACAUUGUGGUAAAUUGUUGGUGCUUGACUGUAUUUUGGGGACAGUUGACCGAUGUCGUGUUCUGUCUGGUCACCAUGGGUAUAGCUGUCCAGGGAUUCGCUAAGAUUGCCAACUACACCGAUGAUCGAUUGUAUGAGCUGCACGUCUACAAUGUGGCUCGUUUCGAUAGAGUAAGAGAUUACCCUGAGGCUCGAGAAUCCUUACAAACAACCGCCGUAUUGUGCAAAGUGUUCAUUAAGAUAUUCAGCUACCUGUUCAUGAUGUUGACAACGUUUAUUCCUGUUUACACCAUCGUCUACUCAAUUACGUCUAGGUCGCUACAGCUGCCAUUUGGGUUUUUCUUUCCCUGGAUUGACCAUACACAAUUGUUUGGAUAUAUCAUCAACUUGUCAUACCAUUUUUUGCAAAUUUACGAAGCCAGCUAUGGACUGCUGGCCACGGAUACUUGCUUUCUCUUUUUCAUCAUACAUGCAAUGGGACAGUUGGAUGUCAUCAUAAUAUAUCUGAAGAAACUCGAUGAGCUAGCCUUAGAAUAUGAUAAAUUCAAGAACGACGAAGAACUAUAUCAACUGUUGAAUGACAUCACAGAGAAACAUCAGGAGCAUGUGGAAUACAUGUCUAAAAUGGAUUCUCUGCUUAAGCCUGGAUUUUUCGUUAAUUUUUCUUGUAUGAUUGCAGAAACAGUUGCCUCACUUUAUGUUCAAUCCGAAACCGAUGGAAUUUGGUAUCCCGGAUUGAUUGUAGUUCUGCUAUGUAUUGUUCAAUUAUUCAUCGCCUGUGCCCUGGGAACAAUCUACUCCACUAAGAACGAUCAACUGAUAGAUGAAAUUUAUAACAUAUCUUGGUACGCAAUGCCCAUUCCGGCGCAGAAAUCACUGGCACUCAUUCUCAACUCAUCGCAACAUCCGGUGGUUCUCUCCGACGGCUUCGAUGCGAUUGAUCUGUUUGCCUUCGUACAGAUAUAUAAGAAAAUCUACACGUACUUCACAAUGCUCCAGAGUUUCAACUAGACCGUCAACUCCUGCUUGACUCCCGAUGGGAAGGAGGCCCGAGAAAUUAUUUUACACGUCAACAGGUAUUGUAAUAAAUAUGAGAGCGCAGCCGAGGGAUCACAUUACAAGAUGAUGACGAAGACGAUGAGACGGUGAUGAUGAUGUGUUAAGAAUUCUCCGGAUGUCGUCUGCUGAGAAGGGCCAUCGUCGGCGCGUUGGAGCAUGAUUUUCAAAAUACCUAGGGGAAAUUAAAAUUGUGAUGGAAUGUCUUGCUCCGUUUUUUGAUGUUGGAUUUCUUUUCUGCAAUGGCACCACUGUGCACCGUAGCUGGUUAGCACAAGCACACAAGUUUCAUCUGCACUAUCAACUUGUCGUAUUACCAAGUCGCAUAAAAUGUAAUUUUUAUGUAAAUGAUCACAUUGUCAAAAUAGCUCCCCCUCCGGAAGACUAUAAAUAUUCAUCAAAUAAAAACUAUCCAUUUACGCAC